UUGCGAUAACUUUUGAGUUGUAGUUCAAUAGUUGAGGGAAGCCUACAUUCCAUGGUUGUUUUUCCUAGGUUUGAGAAACCCCUACUGCAGGAAUGUUGAAAUACUAAAGUACUAGUAGAUCCUACCAUCACCAUGGAGGAACAUCCUUCUGACCUAACACAGGAGUUUUUGUCCCUCAGUCCAAUUUCCAAAGAGCAGGAACGAAAGCAUGGUGGAUUUUUGUUUGUCGAACUUGAUGGCAAUGGCUGCGAAAAUGCCGCAGCCAGCGGCAAGAAGUCGUCAUUGAGAAGAGAGACGUUCACUAUAGACACUGGCUGUACAACAGGGUCAUCUGCUCGUCCUCCCCUGCGCAAAUUAGUUAAGAACGUGGACAGUACGAAGAGAAAACCAGUCAGCGCAAUGCCACAGAAGCGUGCGAUGGCUGGCAUUGCGUCUCGCCAACAAUUGACAUUUGUCAAGACAAAGAGCCAGAAGAAGACACCCAAAGUCCACCACCCUUUGCCUUAUGCUGCCCGCAACAUGUACUAUGAUGAGCGAUGGGCGGAAAAGCAAGAACGAGCAUUUGUACCAUGGCUGAACAAUCUUCUUUCACCACAUGAUGAAUGGUCAACUGCCCCAACAAGUGACACACCAGUUGAUGCAGGUAGCGUGUCUCUCAGCAAUGCUAGCAAGAAGGCCAAGUCGGAGCUUGCUCAAAGGAAGGCCACUUUGCACAACCACCUGCUUCGGCGACACAUGGCCAGACUGCGCCGCGCCGGCUGUAUCAUGUUCCAGUCUCAGCCGCUGGUGGACGUCUUUCACCGUGUUGAGCGCGAGGUGGAGUGUGGUCGGCUUGCAUUGCGGACUGACCGUCACCUCAAUGCUGAUUUCGGUCAACGGAAGCGUUUCCUGUCAAUGUUGAUGUCAUACAACCCACUGUGGCUCCGUAUUGCACUGGAGGUCAUCUAUGGUGAGGUGAUUCCGCUUCGGUCUAAUAGUGAUGCGGCUGGACUGGAGCGCUUCAUUCAGCAGCGCAUGCUCAACAAUGUUGACCUGGCAAAGCAGUACGCUCACCCAUCGGUGCCCGAACUCUAUCAGCCAGGGUAUGUCGAAGAACUGGGUAAAUUCACUGCCAAGAAGUUCUUGUUUCUCGUCUUAUUCCUGGAUCAUGCCAAGCUGACCCGCCUCAUCGAUCAUGACCCGUGCUUAUUUGUGAAGACGGCUUCAAUCAAGAACAGCAGAGAGGUGCUUCUGUCGUUUGCCAGAGAAUUCCUGCGUGGAGUCGGUGAUCUAACUCGGCAUCUCAGCUACAAAGGCUAUGCCGUGUCUCAUCAACAGACUGCUCUGCAGGAGGUGGAUUACACUGUCGCCAACCUGGCAACAGAUCUCCGCGAUGGAGUCAAGCUGACCCGGCUAGUGGAGCUCCUAACUCAGGAAUGGACGCUGACAUCCAAACUCAGGGUGCCUGCUCAGUCGCGCCUGCAGAAAAUUCACAACAUGGAUGUUUGUCUGCAGUCCCUGAAACGGCACAAUGUUGAGCUGAAAGAUGAGCGCGGCAAUGCCAUCACAUCUCGUGACAUUGUGGAUGGUCACCGUGAGAGAACUCUGGCACUUCUCUGGCAUGUCAUUGUCAACUUCAAGGUUACUGUGCUGCUGAACAAAGAGUCGCUUGAAGCAGAGAUUAGCCAUCUGAAGGUGCUCAAGCGACUGAAAUCUCACUGCGACACGAUACCGUGCGAUGCCAAUACUGGCAUGACUUUCCCCAAUGAGCAUGUGAAGAUGGUUUUCGACUGGUGCCAGCUUGUCUGCUCUCUGUACAAAGUGGAGGUCAACAACUUCACCACAUCCUUCUCGGAUGGUAGGGCGCUAUGCUACCUGAUCCACCACUACCAGCCCUGGCUACUGCCUGGCACUGAGAUCCAGCAGAGGACUACAUUGACCUGCCAGAAUAGCGACGUUGACUGCUAUGGUGGCACGGAAGCUGAUGCUGACGACGGCUGUGACCUUGACGAUGAAACAGUUACUUUGUCCGCUCUGGAUGAUGGGCAGGAACUGCUGAGCAACGAGAAACGCAACUUCAAGCUGUUGGCUGAUGCUACAUUGAGCCUUGGAGGAACACCUCUGCAGCUUUCCACUGCUGACAUGUCUAAUACCAUUCCAGAUGAAAAGGUGGUGGUAACCUUUGUCUCCUAUAUCUGCGAACGUCUCCUGGACCUGAGAGAAGAAACGCGAGCAGCGCGCACCAUUCAAACAGCGUGGAGGCGAUAUCUGGGCCUCAAGAAAGCCAGUGCACUGCUGGCCGCGGAACAGGAGCGCUUCCAGUGCCUUAGGCAGGCAGCCAUCACUGUGCAGAGGCGAGUGCGUGGCAAGCGUGUACGUGAGCAAUACCUGCGUCAGCGUCAACUUGUGAUGCGAUUGCAGGCAGCUGUGAGAGCAAAGUAUGUCUACAAGGACCGCCAGGUCUACCUCAAAUUGCAGCAAGCAACACUCCUGUUACAGUCCCAUUGGAGAAGGCUGCAGGUGCAACGCAAGUACCAACGAGAGCGCUCAGCUGCUCUUGUGCUCCAGUCGCACUGUCUUACCUACCUUGCUCGCCGUCGCUACACGAAGCUACGCUCGGCAACAGUUUGCCUCCAACGACGCUAUCGUUCAUCACGGGCCACUGCCAUUGCUGUCCGAGAUUAUCAUGUCUGCCGUGGUGCUGUGAUCACCCUCCAGUCUGCUGCUCGUAUGUUCAUGCAUAGGCGACGCUACACACAACUCCGGCAAGCGGCCGUCGUCAUCCAGUCCCAUGUCCGUCGAGUUCAAGCACAAAGAAGCUAUGACCAGGCCCGCCAAGCCGUUCUCAAGGUACAAGCGGUCGUUCGCUGCAUAAUUGCAUGCCGGAGGUUUGCAAAGCAGCGCAUGGCAGCCAUCAAGCUGCAAAGCACCAUCCGUGGCUUCCUUGUCAGAAAGCUGUUCAAGCAGCAAAGGGCGGCAGCGUGUGUUUUCCAACGCAGAUGGAGAGCACGUCGUAUUGGCCACAGUGUGUGGCUGGAUUACAAUGUGAUGCGUGGUGCCAUUAUUACCAUCCAGGCUUUCUGGCGCUGUGUCCUGGCACAGAGGCUGUACCAAAAAUCCCGAGCAUCGGCCAUAACAAUCCAGCGCCACUGGCGUGGAACAAGUGCCCGGCACCAGUUACAAGCUCAGCACAAAGCAGCAUGCUCUCUGCAGAGAGCCUGGCAGAGUUUCCGUGUUCGACGGAGCUUCCUUCAGCAACGCCAUCAUGUCGUAGCGAUGCAGAGAAUAUACCGGGCCAGCGUUGCGUCAAAGGCUGCCGUGAAAGAGUACAGCGCUCUCCGCUCAGCUGCUAUUGUCCUGCAGGCGAGUAUUCGCAUGUGGCAGCACAAGCGUCACUAUCUGCGUGCUCGCCGUGCCUGUGUUCUUCUCCAGGCAACUUGGCGUGGAGUCGUUCAGAGACGUGCAAUACAGACCAUGCACGAUGCAAGCACUUGUAUUCAGCGCCAUUGGCGUGGCAUGCAGGUCCGUCGCAGUGUCCUUCAACAGCAGAAUGCUGCGGGCAUUAUUCAGCGCAAUUGGCGACGGUAUACUGCUCAGACUGCUUUCCAGCGGUAUCGUGAGAAUGUUGUUUGCAUGCAGAGGAGAUACCGUGCUUCACGAGCUAUGACAGCUGCCAUGCAAGAAUAUCAUGUGUGCCGUGGCGCUACAAUCACAUUGCAGUCCGCCGUACGAAUGUGGCAGUGCAGAACCUCUUACCAACAGACGAGAAGCGCUGUGAUCACGCUACAAGCGCACACACGCUGUGUUCUAGCGCAACGCAGUUUCCAAGUGGCUCGCCAGGCAGUGGUCAAGAUGCAGGCGUGUGUACGAUGCAUCAUUGCCUCUCAGAGACUGGCAAGGCAACGGCACGCCGCUGUGUGUCUGCAGAGUGCUGUUCGUAUGUGGCAGUGCAGGGUGCGCUAUCAUCAGGCUCGCCAAGCAGCUAUCAUCCUUCAAGCGCACAUUCGCCGUUCCCAGGCGCAACAGCACUUCAAACAAACUUGCCAGGCUGUCGUGAAGAUGCAGGCAUGUGUCCGCUGUGUCAUUGCUCGCAGUCGAUUGACAAAACAACGUGAUGCUGCUAUUUUCCUGCAAAGUGCUGUCCGCAUGAUGCUGUGCAGAAAUCGCUAUCGGCAAGUCCAGCAGGCUGCAAUUGUACUGCAGAGCCAUGUCCGACGAGUCCAGAAGCAGCUCAGCUUCAGCCGAACCCGAAGAGCCAUUGUGAAGAUGCAAGCAUGUGUUCGCUGUGUUAUCGCUUGCAAUCGCUUCUCGCGGCAGCAGGCUGCAGCAGUUUGCCUGCAAAGCUCCGUCCGCAUGUGGCAACAGAAAAGUGUGUACCAACGCUCACGGCAAGCAGCUAUCGUUCUCCAGUCGCAUGUACGCCGUAGUCAGGCUCGGCAGAGGUAUAGCUCUUCAUUGCAUGCUGUUAUCAAGAUCCAGUCAUGUGUCAGAUGCGUGAUUGUGUGCCAGCGGUUUGCUAAGCAGCGCAAUGCUGCCAUUCAUCUGCAGAGUGCUGUGCGUAGCCACCAGCAGCAUCAGGCAUACUUGAAGAUGAAGAACGCUGCCUGUACCAUCCAGCACCAGCUCAGGUGUCUUGCUGACCGAAAGAAAUUCCUGACCUACCGUUACCAUAUUGUGACGCUGCAAAGACGCUAUCGGGCAACCAGAGCCAUGACAAUUGCAGUGAAAGAUUAUCAUGUGUGUCGUGGUGCUGCUAUCACGCUACAGGCAGCCGUCCGUAUGUGGCAAGCUAGAUGUCAGUAUCAGCAGCUUCAACAAACGGUCGUAAUGCUGCAGGCAAAGGUGAGAGGCCUUCAGGCACAGCGCAGUUUUGACCAGGCACGACAAGCCGCAAUCAAGAUGCAAGCCUGCGUUCGCUGCGUGAUUGCAUGCCAGAGAUUUGCCAAGCAACGGGCUGCGGCCAUUCGUCUUCAGAGUGCACUGAGAUCCUAUCGUGACCGGAAGCAAUUCCUGGAAAAGAAGCAGGCAGCUAAAGUGCUUCAGAGCCGAUGGAGGGCAUGCACCCGGGGUCGCCAAGCACUGCUGGUAUACAACUCACAGCGCACUGCAGCGCUCAAACUUCAAGCUUUCUGGCGUUCACUUUGCCAGCAACGAGUCUAUAACCAGCAAAGGCUCUCAGCGAUCCGCCUGCAAAGUGCCUGGAGGAUGGCUCUGGUCCAGCGUAAAUACAACUCGAUGAGGGAGGCUUGCAUUGUUCUUCAGCGUCAUUGGAGGGGAACGAUUGCCCGAAGGAACCUACUUGCACAGCAGCAUGCAGCGUCUACCCUUCAACGCGCAUGGAGAGUAGUUCUGGCGCAGCGUGACUUUCAGCUGUAUCGGCAGCAUGUUGUUAGUAUGCAGAGACGCUACAGAGCAUCGCGUGCUAUGCUCAUUGCUGUCAGGCAGUAUCAUGUCUGCCGUGGUGCCACCAUCACACUGCAGUCCGCUGUGAAAAUGUGGCAGUCCAAGCGUCGCUAUCAACAAAUACAACGUGCAACGGUUAUUCUCCAGUCGCAUGUGAGACGUGUUCAAGCCCAGCAGAACUUCAACUCCACAAGACACGCUGCUAUCAAACUGCAAUCAUGUGUGCGAUGUGUGAUUGCUUGCCGGAGGUUCAAGGCAAAGCGAGAAGCAGCUAUUUGCCUCCAGAGUGCUUUCCGAGGUCAUGAGCAAAGGCAGUCAUUCAACAAACAACGCAGUGCGGCCUGCGUUCUGCAGGCUCAGUGGAGAGCAUUCUCAGUAGGUCGUCGCGAUCGUCACUCUUACCAUCAACAACGUUCUGCAGCUCUUCUCAUCCAGACCUACUGGCGUGGUAUCCACCAGCACAGACAGUAUGUAGGACAGAAGCAAUCUGCAGUGCGCUUGCAGUCAGCUGUCAGAAUGUUCCUGGCUCAGAAGCAGUACAGGAGAGUUCAACUGGCUAGCUUGAAUCUACAGCGACACUGGCGGGGAGCUAAAGUGCGGCAUGACAUUGCAAAGCGGCAAGUAUCCGCGUGCACCAUACAGAAGCAGUGGAGAUCAUUCUGUGAGCAGAGAACCUUCCAGGUGUAUCGCCAACAUGUUAUUGCUAUGCAGCAGAGGUAUCGGGCAUCGCGUGCUAGAGUCUGUGCUGUUCAGGAUUAUCAUAUUACUCGAGGUGCAGCCAUCACUCUGCAAGCAGCUGUGAGAAUGUGGCAGUGCAAACGGCGCUACCAGCAGGUUCAACAUGCCGUAGUUGUUCUCCAGUCGCAUGUGAGACGUGUUCAGGCACAGCAGAACUUCAACUCUACAAGGCAUGCUGCUAUCAAACUGCAAUCAUGUGUGCGAUGUGUGAUUGCUUACCGGAGGUUCAAGGCAAAGCGAGAAGCAGCUAUUUGCCUCCAGAGUGCUGUCCGAGGUCAUCGGCAAAGGCAGUCAUUCAACAAACAACGCAGUGCGGCCUGCGUUCUGCAGACUCAAUGGAGAGCAUUCUCAGUAGGUCGUCGCGAUCGUCACUCUUACCAUCAACAACGUUCUGCAGCUCUUCUCAUCCAGACCUACUGGCGUGGUAUCCACCAGCACAGACAGUAUGUAGGACAGAAGCAAUCUGCAGUGCGCUUGCAGUCAGCUGUCAGAAUGUUCCUGGCUCAGAAGCAGUACAGGAGAGUUCAACUGGCUAGCUUGAAUCUACAGCGACACUGGCGGGGAGCUAAAGUGCGGCAUGACAUUGCAAAGCAGCAAGUAUCUGCCUGUACCAUACAGAAGCAGUGGAAAUCAUUCUGUGAGCAGAGAACCUUCCAGGUGUAUCGCCAACAUGUUAUUGCUAUGCAGCAACGGUAUCGCGCAUCGCGUGCUAGAGUCUGUGCUGUUCAGGAUUAUCAUAUUACUCGAGGUGCAGCCAUCACUCUGCAAGCAGCUGUGAGAAUGUGGCAGUGCAAACGGCGCUAUCAGCAGGUUCAACAUGCCGUAGUUGUUCUCCAGUCGCAUGUGAGACGUGUUCAGGCACAGCAGAACUUCAACUCUACAAGGCAUGCUGCUAUCAAACUGCAAUCAUGUGUGCGAUGUGUGAUUGCUUGCCGGAGAUUCAAGGCAAAACGAGAAGCAGCAAUUUGCCUCCAGAGUGCUGUCCGAGGUCAUCGGCAAAGGCAGUCAUUCAACAAACAGCGCAGUGCAGCCUGCGUUCUGCAGACUCAAUGGAGAGCAUUCUCAGCAGGUCGUCGCGAUCGUCACUCUUACCAUCAACAGCGUUCUGCAGCUCUUCUCAUCCAGACCUACUGGCGUGGUAUCCACCAGCACAGACAGUAUGUAGGACAGAAGCAAUCUGCAGUGCGCUUGCAGUCAGCUGUCAGAAUGUUCCUGGCUCAGAAGCAGUACAGGAGAGUUCAACUGGCUAGCUUGAAUCUACAGCGACACUGGCGGGGAGCUAAAGUGCGGCAUGACAUUGCAAAGCGGCAAGUAUCCGCGUGCACCAUACAGAAGCAGUGGAGAUCAUUCUGUGAGCAGAGAACCUUCCAGGUGUAUCGACAACAUGUUAUUGCUAUGCAGCAGAGGUAUCGGGCAUCGCGUGCUAGAGUCUGUGCUGUUCAGGAGUAUCAUAUUACUCGAGGUGCAGCCAUCACUCUGCAGGCAGCUGUGAGAAUGUGGCAGUGCAAACGGCGCUACCAGCAGGUUCAACAUGCCGUAGUUGUUCUCCAGUCGCAUGUGAGACGUGUUCAAGCACAGCAAACUUUCACUAGUGCGAGGCUGGCAAUUGUCAAGAUGCAGGCAUGUGUUCGAUGUGUCAUUGCUUGCCGUCGGUUUUCCCAGCAGCGCAGCGCAGCAGUUCGACUUCAAAGUGCCAUGCGUACCUAUAUGCAGCACCAGCUGUUUGAGAGGCAGAAGUCAGCUGCGCGUACAAUUCAAUCAUGGUGGAGAGCUGCAGUUGCAGCCCGUGAACUAAGCACUGGCUACAAGCUGAGGCGCAAUGCUACUAUUGCCAUUCAGGCAUUCUGGCGAGGUGCUGCUGCACGGCAGCGCUAUCGGAGAACUCUGGCAGCCAUCGUCAAUCUACAGGCUGCAUGCCGUGGCUGGCUGGCUAGACAGGAGCACCGGAGGCGUGCCAGGCAGCAUGCCCGGCGGAACUCUGCAGCAGUGUCUAUCCAGAACUGGUGGAGACUGCGGCUUGGUGACAUCAGGCAUGCUCGCAAACUUGCUGAUGCUGCAACGACUAUACAGGCUACCUGGAGGGGCUGGAAGUUGCGCAGUCAGCUUGCUCAUGACCGGGAGCUAGCUGAGGUGCGCAAGCGUGUCCUCGCUGCAAACUCGGCAGCCACCGAGCCAAUGCUGCUGGGAAAUCGUACUCGUUCAGCUCUGGCUAUCCUGCUUGAGAGCACCAGCACUACGUUUGUACGCCGAGCCGUCAAGAACCUCGACAUUGCAACUGCCCUGUCCGAUAAGUGCUGUGAGACAAUUGCACGGGAUGGAGCGGUACCCGUUCUGCUCGAGCUCAUCCGGAGCUGUAAUCGCUCCAGACCAAACCAGGACAUUGUGAUGUACUCUCUGCAAAUCCUUCGCAACCUUGCUCAGCUACCAUCCACACGCUCAGCUGUGUUCAACACGGUAAACUGUGUGGCUUCUAUCACCGAGACUCUGUACACUUAUAAAGAAAACUCGUCUUUGGCGAUACCUGCUAGUGACUUGCUAACGGCUCUUGCUGCGGAUGUUGGUCAUCGUCAGGGUUUGAAUGGUAUGGCUAAGGUCAUGACUCGACUAUCUGGAACACUCAAAGCUCUGGAACACAAGCACUCUGUGGAGGUCAAGCUGAACCAGCGCAAGACGGCCGUUUCACAAGGCCGCCAGUUGCCCGCAGUCAAGCCCACGCUGCGCUCUACAAUGUCUUCGCGCUCAACAGUUGCCACAAGUGCUAACCGUAAGCCACUCUCCAGUGUCCAGAAGUCUGCAGCGACAAGCACUACCGCUGCUGCUGCUGCUUCUGUGACUACUGCUAAGGCCCAGACCAAGACAAAGGUACAAGCCAAGCCUGCUGUCCGAACAUCCCUCACAGCAGUUCAAACACUGAUGCGUACAUUGAAAACGCAAUGAUUUUCGAAACUCUUCAUCACAGACUUAAACUUGCACUCUACAUUAAACUAAAACAUUGACCGGCGAGUUUUCUCAUAAUUCGUCAUACAUCCUAAAUUCAUUGCAGACAUGAAAUUUAGCCUCGCAUAUUAGGCAUCUUGUGUACUAUGCUAACCUGCAUGACAUUGAUUGGUAUUUGUUUGAACUAACCACACCUGACAAUCCUGCUAACCUUGCAAUACCCAUGAAACACAAAUUGGUUUAUUAUACAUAAUACAAAAUACGUAACAAAAUACAUGCGAUGCCCUCAUUAUUUUGCUGACAAAUGGAUGAAGCCACACUCAACUGUCUUACCAGCAAUGUUCAUGAUUCAACCCUACCUUUCCCCUCUCUCCACCGAAACAAUCCUCUAGUUCCUAGCCCCCGCUGUUCCUUUCCUUAGCAGCAGCAGCCUAUUAUUAUCUUAGUUAGAUUGUUGAAUUUGUUGUACAGUGUCUGUUAUCGAUACAUACAACACUGUUCCCGGACACCCUUUUCUUUACAAGAUGCUUCUUGCACCUACUUCAUUUUGCCCUCCUGUUUUGUUUUGUUUUCUAAUGAAAGAUGAAAGAACUGUUGAAAUGUUCAA